AUGCAAACAUUUGUCUCGAUAGCCAAGAAUGCCUGGGGAAUUUUUAUAUCCGAAAGGAAGCCUGGCUGGAAGUAUCUGAUGCAGCUUUUUGCAGUUUGCUCUGCAGUUGGCUUCCUCUCAAGCUUUCUCUUAUUCCUUGGCAUGCACUUCUCCCUGGCACACCACCCUUUGAGUCCCUUACUGAUUUCUGGAUUCAUCUGGAUCUCACUUUCUAUCGCGCUCUCCUAUUUCAAGCACCUGCGCUGUUUUAGUGUCCUUUUCCUUCUUUCUUGCGGACUGCAAAACGGCAGGAACGCUCUUAUUACGGCUGGCACAGGUGUUGUGGUGGCCUGCAAUGUCCAAAAUAUUUUCCACAACCUAAAGGUUCUGGCAGACAGUAUAACCUGUCAUUUAGAGUAUGAGCAAUUUGCCUUGAUAAAAUAUUAUGUUGAGGCAGUAAAAUGGAUUUAUGAGGCAGUCAAGCUUUCCAUUGAACUACCUAAACCUGUAGUGUUCCUAAACCACAAAUUCAUGUCAUCUCAUUCAAUUUCAGAUGAUGCAUUAAAACAAGAGUUAAAUGACACAAAGCAAGAAAUCCAGAGAGUAGCUAACCAGAUAUCUUUUAUGCUGACUAUACUGCCCUAUAUAGGCCAGAAAGUAUUGCCUAUAGUGGGGAUUUUUCUAGUUUCUUUAGGAACUGGCCUCUUUAUCAAAAAAUUUGUGGGCCCUCACAGUGUCAAAUUUAAGAACACUUAUAUCACUAAACAGUUCAUCGCUUUUGAUGAGCACCAAAAGCAACAGCAAAGACCCUGCCUUCUGCCACUUAACAGAAAAGAAAGAAAAGAUUAUGUGACAAUCCUGUCUUUCUCCCUCACAAGGAAGGACAGAAAAAAUAUGCAGCGGUUUUUUCUCCCUGUAAUUAUUCAUCUUUGCAUCUGGCUUCUGUUUGCUGCAGUAGAUUAUUUGUUUUAUUGGUUAAUUAUUUCUGUGAAUAAACAUCUCCAAGAAGUACCGGAUCUAGAGAUUGAACUCAGCCUUUUUCAGCAA